UUGCUCACUGAGAAUGACCAGUCGACAAAGAAACUUUGUGAUCGUUUCUCUAAAGGCGUCGAAAAACUGGACGAUGCGUCGAGUCAAGUCAAAGAACUCAAUGAGAAACUAGUGAUUCAGCGAGAAGCAGUUGAGGAAAAGACGAAGGCUUGUGAGACUCUUCUCAGUAAUAUACUUGAAAGCCAAAACAUUGCUACAGAAAGCCAUGCUCAGUCCUCACAAAAAGCGAAGGAAAUGGAGACCCAGUCAAAAGAAAUUGAAAAUGAAAAGAAAGAAGCGGAAAUCGCUUUGUCUAAAGCCCUGCCUGCAUUGGAACAGGCCCGUGCUGCUCUCAGUGAAUUGGAUAAGAAUGAUGUGACAGAAAUCAGGUCCUUCGUGAAACCUCCUCAACCUGUUCAAGUUAUUUCUGAGUGUAUUUGUGUAUUCAAAGGAAUGAGUGACGUUUCUUGGAAAGCUGCAAAAGGAAUGAUGGCGGAUACAAACUUCUUGCAGUCCCUUCAGGCAAUGGAUAUGAACUCUAUCGGGUCUAAGCAGUUGUCAACUGUGAAAGAGCAUUUGAUUAGUUCAAAAAUUACCAUGGAACAAAUGCGAAUAGUGAGCAAGGCUGGAGCGGGGUUCUUGAGGUUCGUUCAUGCCGUUUUGGAAUACUGCGAAGUUCUCCAAGAUGUGCGUCCAAAGCGUGAGAAAGUGGCAAAACUGGAGAAGUUAUUUUCCCAGAAUGAGCGUGAUCUCGAUCGAAUAAAACGUAAACUCGCCAGAGUGGAAGAAGACGUCAGGAGAUACAACGAGAAACUCGCCACAGCUAAGGAAGAGCAAGCAGCUCUUCAGGAAGAAACUAAAAUUAUGGAACGCCGUUUAGAAGCUGCUGACAAGCUAUUCAAUGGCCUCGGAUUAGAGUCCGUUCGGUGGCGAGAGGAGAUUGAGACGCUCAAAAAGAAACGGCAAAAUCUUUUGGGAGACUGCUUAGUUUCCGCGGCCUUCCUAACUUAUAGUGGACCAUUCUUCUACAAUCUUCGUCAAAGAAUGCUUCACGAUGACUGGCUUCCAGAUAUUUCGAGACGAGGAAUUCCUAUCUCGGAAGACUUUAAAUUUAAUCACCUUCUGACGGAUGAAGUUACUGUUGCAAAUUGGAACGCUUGUGGACUUCCAGGCGAUGAACUAAGUGUCCAGAAUGGAAUUCUAACCACCCGCGCAUCUCGAUUUCCACUUUUCAUUGAUCCUCAGCAACAAGCAUUGAAGUGGCUCAAGACUAUGGAAGAAAAGAACAAACUCCGAGUUGCAACCUUUAAUGAUCCUGAUUUCUUGAAAUAUCUAGAACUAGCCAUUAAGUAUGGCACGCCAUUCUUGUUGGAAGAUGUUUACGACCACAUCGAUCCAAUUAUUCAAAAUGUGCUUUCGAAAAAUAUCCUCGUAGAGAAGAACAGAUCGUAUGUCAUGUUAGGUGAUAAAAAAGUCGAAUAUGAUCCAAAUUUCCGGUUAUAUCUAAACACGAAAUUGUCAAAUCCCGCAUACGGACCGAAGGUAUUUGGAAAUGCAACUGUGAUAAACUGUACAAUAACGGAGGAAGCAUUGCAAAAUCAACUUCUUGAUGUUAUUGUGAAACAUGAACAAAGCGGUUUGGAAGAAAAGAAGAAUAUGCUAAUUCAUACCAUAAGUGACAACAGAAAGAUUCUAAAGAAAUUGGAAAGCAAUCUCUUGCUGAAUUUCACCCUCAGUACUGGAAACAUCUUGGACAAUGAAGAACUAAUCAAUACCAUGGAAGAAACAAAACACAAAGUCACCGACACCGCGGAAAAGCUUGUUCUUGCAGCCAAAACUUCAGCUGAGAUAGAAGCACUGACCUGUGCCUACAGACCAGCAGCGAAAAGAGGCGCCUUGUUAUUCUUCAUUCUAACCGACAUGGCCACCAUUAGCCCAAUGUAUCAGUUCGCACUGGCUGCGUACACGAAACUAUUUGAGACAGUUCUACAACGAAGUGCGCCUGACACAGUAUUGAAGAGAAGAUUAACGAAUAUCAUCACUAAAAUUACCGAAGCGGGAAACGUAGCUGUUGAGUGUGAGACUCAAAAAUGUCCAGUUUCUUGGCUUACAAAUUCUAAUUGGAGAGAUCUUCAACGUUUAGAGGAAAUUCUGCCCAUACAGUUUAAAGGACUCACCAAAAGCUGGUACUCUUUAAGCAAUCUAGAGGAUGAACCUCCGCCAUAUUUUGAGAUGGUUACGAGUUUUCAAAAACUCUGCCUUCUCCGUUGUUUCCGAUUGGAUAGAAUCUGUCGGGCGGUUGAAAACUUUGUGGCUGAAAUACUCGGCAACAACUGCAUGUCUUCCAGCGAGUCAAGUUUGGCCACUGUAUAUGAACAGAGUCAUCCUGAAACUCCCAUUGUAUUCAUUCUAUCGCCUGGUUCAGAUCCUACUGAGAGUUUGAAGAAAUUCGCCAAAUCACAUUUGGAUCUUGAUCCUUCGAUCAAUUUAAAAUUCCUUUCAAUGGGACAAGGCCAAGAGACGUCUGCUUUAAAGCUAUUUAAAUUGGCUUCUGCUGAUGGUUCAUGGUUGAUAUUGCAAAAUUGUCAUCUUCUAGUGAAAUGGAUUCCUCAACUAAAGAAAUCUAUCGAGAGUACGAAAAAAUUUCAUCCAAAUUUCCGACUUUGGAUCACAACUGAACCAUCACCAGAUUUCCCGAUAGAUUUCCUCCAGCUGUCUCUCAAAGUUGUCACUGAGCCGCUUCUGGGUUUAAAGAGGAAUCUUAGAGCAACAUUCUUGGAGAUUCCAGCCUCCAAGUUCGUUGAAUGUCAACAUCCAGCCUUUUCAACCCUAGCUUAUACACUAUCUUUCUUCCAUGCCGUAGUUCAAGAACGCCGACAAUAUGGGAAGCUGGGAUGGAACGUACCCUAUGAUUUUAACCUCUCCGAUUUCCAUGCAAGCUUAGCAGUUAUAGUAGAUCAAAUGAAAUCGACAAGGUUAGAAUCAGAAAUAUCAUGGGGAAGUUUGAGAUAUCUCAUUGAUGAAGUGAUGUAUGGGGGGCGCGUAAUCGAUGAAUUUGAUAGGCGAGUUCUGCGGACCUACAUACAUGAGUACUUUGGGGAGUUUCUUUUUGACAAAUGUCAGUAUUUUCACUUCUAUGCGAACAAGAGGAUCGUUUAUGGCAUUCCUUCUGACGUCUCGAGGGAGGGCAUUAUAAGUAAGUAA